AUGGCAUUGGCGUCUACUUCUGUGUGUGCGAUCAAGAAGAACGGUGACCUUGCUAAUCUCAUUCGAGACACAGCAUCGAUAAGUUGGGAUGAAGUGCCAAUGCAGCAUCGAUAUUGCUUUGAAGCUCUUGAUGGAACGCUUCGAGACAUUUGCAGUUGUGGUGAACGUGUCCUCUUUGGUGGUGUUCUUGUCGUUCUUGGUGGUGAUUUUGCUCAAGUUCCUCCUGUCGCGAAACAAGGCGGUCGCCCUGAAAUUGUCACUGAUUUCGUCAAGAUUAUGGCCCAAACUACAAAAGCUGAGACUGACUGA